AAGAAAGCCAGCUGGAGACCCAGGAGAGCCUAUGGUUUGACACCAGUCUGAAGCCUGACAGGCUGGAGACCCAGAGGAACUUCUAUUUCAGUUGAAGUCUACAGGCAGGAGAAAAAAAAAUCUAACAACUCAGACUAAAGAAGUUGGACAAAAGGAAUUCUUUCUUCUUUGAGGGAACCAUUGGCUUUUUUGGUUGUGUUCAUAUCAUCAGUUGAUUGGAAGAACCGUCUACAUUAGAGAUGACAAUCUGUUUUAUUUUUGGCUUAUAGGAUUCCAAAACACCUGUUUAGAAAUACCUGGAACAAUUUUUUUUAAGCAAACAUCUGGGUACCCUUAAGCCCAGACAAGCUAGGUAUUAUGCCUCCUUUCAAAUGUAGGCAAAAGGAAUGUUGUUUGAUCCCUAGAAGCUAGCGGAGUGGUAGUUAAAUAAUUGUGCUUUUGACUUGUAAUGGAUGCCUAUAGCAUUUAUCUUUACAUUUAUAUGUGUUGGGAAACUAAAAGGUACAAGCAUGAACUAAAACAAGCUUGUAUUUUUUAGUCAACUGCUAUAGGAUUCAGGACCGAGAAUCCUGAGCCUGCUUCUGUGUUUUCUAAUAUAAUUGACAUCAGUAAUUGACAAUAACUAGUCAGGCUUUACCAUGUGCCUUAUAUUUGUAUAAUAUAUGUUAACUCAUUUAUUAAUUGUAAUUACUUUCAUCAAGAUGUGGUGAUGCUAAAUUCUUCUAUCUAGGGAUAGAACUGUUAUUCAACAAGUAAUCAUAAUAGGGCUUUUAAUUAGAAAGGAGUGCAGAUAUAAUCCAGUGGUCCCCCUCUGCUGUUGAAGACAGAACAGUGGAGAGUUGGGAGCCUCCAGAAGGCAGGGCUGGGAUUGGUUCUUAGGUACCUGCCCCCUCAUCAUGGCUUCUUCCCCAUUUGGCUGUCCUGACUUACUCACCUUCUCCCGGGGCCCCUCCGUGCCUGUUCAUUUAUUAUCUUCCUCUAUUGCAACCUGGGAUGGAGAACUCCCUAAGCUUCCUACAUAUUAUAGAAGGAUGCUAAUGUUGCAGACACUGUGAGUGAUGUUGCAGGUUGGUUCCGCUAUGGCUCGCUCAGAGAAUUCUCUUGCAGCAUGCACUUGAAGAGUCAGCACAGAACAUCUGAACAUCUUCAGUGUUGGCACUAGAGAGACUUGGCCACUUUAAAAUUCAGACUCACAUCCGAUGUAGCCCAGGAUUGCUUUUCACUCAGGUUUAUUCAUGCUCAUCCUGCACUUAGCAUCCGAAAGCAUUGUAACAGCACUGAGCUGUGAGUGGGCUGAGAGCUGAUGAACAGAGACAAGGCCUUGCAGUUACAGCUCAGCAGGCUGUGUAGCUGUGUUCUAGGUAACGUCUUUUCAGAACCUAUACUGGCAUCACAAGAAGGUUCAACAAGAUGGAAGCUAUUCUAAGAGUGCCUAGAAUUAUUUUCCGUGGCAAAAUUUUCAAGCACCACUAGUUGUGUAUGUGUUUUACACCCUUGGGCAAAAUAGCCAUUAGGGCUCUCUGAGGCUUAUUUCUGGCUUUGUUCUGGGAACGCGCCCAGCCCCUGGAAAUGAGGCUGUGGUAUAUGAUUGGGAUUGGCUAGUAAAAUGUGAGGGAGAAUUUCACAGUGGAAGGGGGUGCUUGCUUCAGCACGUGGCCCUUGGCUUUGUUGAAGCCCAGGUGUGGGGCUUCCCGUGUGAGGUAGAACAAGGCUCCUCAACCAUCCCAUCCAAGCAAGGAACAGGAGCAGGAAGGGUGGCGUAUUGGCUCCCAGCCCAUUCCCUAGGCUUUCCAUGUUGCAGUGGCUAUCAGUCCCCUGUCAUCGAUCCACCUCCUGUACUUUGUAAUGUUACAGUAACCUUCAAUUUCUAAGACACUGCAAAAGUAACUACAAUCUUGUGUAUACUUUUUCAAUAUUUUCCCCCAUGGGUAGAACUAAUAAAAAUCCAGUGUCUCUUGAAGUCACUGAAAUUUUAAGGUAUCUUCACAUUAAUUAUUUGAUUUUGGCUAAUAAGAGGUUUUAUUUUAUUUUUUUAAUUUUACUUAUAGAGACAGUCCAAAAUAUUUGCUGAAGGAAUGAGCAUUAGAUAGUUGUGUAGUUGCCAGCCUCUUGGGUGGGAAAACUAUAAAAUGAAGCAUUUGUUUGGGGAUCGUACAUCUUGACGUUCGUCUCUAUGGAGCUGCUAUAGUGCUGGGCUGUGAAAUUCCUGAGGACCGGGAAAGCUUGGGAGGGGGGACAAUAAGACAAUUGACAGAAGCAAGGUAAUCUGAUAUCAGACACUUGUCAUAGAGUUUUAUUCCACAGGGCAUAAAAUCCCACACUGCAUCCCGUACCACGCACCACCCUGCCUCCCUAUUUGCCACUUAGAACCAUAGAUGUUCAGUGUCCCAAGAAAAUCUACCUGAGGGCAAGUGUGUCUAGAGUCGGCACAUUCAUUCUGAAACAGUAACACACCCCUGUCCCUGUUACAGCCUCACAGAUACCUUUGUGUUCUAGGGCAUUUCCCACUGUGACCUGGCAGUGAGAAGCUGGCUGGCUGGUUUCCAAUGGAGACCUUUGUGUAGCUGCAUCAAUAGUGAGCUGCUGCUCGAGAGCGAGCGAGCUGGAAAGUCACUGGACCCCAGAGUCUGGCCUUAAGUCUGUUCGCUAUUCCUUCCCACGGGGCUGAUGCAAACAUUUUAUCCCGUUCCUUCCAGCUCACAGGACUCCAGUUCUUGCUCGUGGGUUUUUCCAGGCCCCUGCCUUUGUCCUCCGUCCAUGCUCUUGCCGGUGUCUACUACAGUCCUUUGAAGGUAUGGCAGCUGUUCCCGAUGCCCUCGACCACUCUCCCUCUUCAACACUAAAAGAUGGGGAAGGGGCAUGUUACACAUCCCUGAUUUCUGACGUCUGCUAUCCACCUCGGGAGGACUCUGCAUACUUUACUGGAAUUCUUCAGAAGGAAAAUGGUCACAUCACCACUUCCGAGAGCCCUGAGGAGCCGGAGACCCCCGGACCCUCGUUACCAGAAGUGCCCGGGAUGGAGCCACAGGGCUUAUUGAGUUCUGAUUCUGGAAUAGAGAUGACUCCUGCUGAGUCCACUGAGGUGAACAAGAUCCUAGCUGACCCCCUAGACCAGAUGAAGGCAGAAGCCUACAAAUACAUUGACAUAACCAGGCCACAGGAGGCAAAAGGCCAGGAGGAGCAACACCCUGGGCUAGAAGAUAAAGACUUGGACUUUAAAGACAAGGACACUGAAGUCUCCACAAAAGCAGAAGGGGUUCGAGCACCAAACCAGCCAGCUCCUGUGGAGGGGAAACUCAUCAAGGACCACUUAUUCGAAGAAUCUACCUUUGCUCCUUACAUAGAUGAGCUCUCUGAUGAGCAGCACAGGGUGUCUCUGGUCACUGCCCCUGUCAAGAUCACACUGACGGAGAUCGAACCUCCUCUUAUGACUGCCACACAAGAGACAAUCCCCGAGAAGCAAGACCUGUGUCUGAAGCCAAGUCCUGACACAGUGCCCACUGUCACUGUCUCAGAGCCUGAAGAUGACAGCCCAGGAUCUGUCACGCCUCCAUCUUCUGGAACAGAACCAUCUGCUGCAGAGUCCCAGGGGAAAGGCAGCGUCUCCGAGGAUGAGUUGAUUGCUGCCAUUAAAGAAGCAAAGGGGUUAUCAUAUGAAACCACCGAGAGUCCAAGGCCAGUGGGCCAGGUGGCCGACAAACCCAAAACCAAGACCAGGUCUGGGCUGCCCACCAUCCCCAGUCCCCUCGACCAGGAGGCCAGCAGUGCCGAGUCCGGAGACUCAGAAAUUGAGCUGGUGUCAGAGGACCCCAUGGCCUCUGAGGAUGCCCUGCCCUCUGGCUAUGUGAGCUUCGGUCAUGUGUCGGGCCCGCCCCCCUCUCCUGCCUCUCCAUCCAUCCAGUACAGCAUCCUGCGGGAGGAGCGUGAGGCCGAGCUGGACAGCGAGCUCAUCAUCGAGUCCUGUGAUGCCUCCUCAGCCUCGGAGGAGAGCCCCAAGCGCGAGCAGGACUCGCCCCCGAUGAAACCGGGUGCCCUGGACGCCAUCCGCGAGGAGACAGGCUCUCGGGCCACCGAAGAACGAGCGCCCAGCCACCAAGGCCCUGUGGAGCCCGACCCGAUGCUCAGCUUUGCCCCCGCUGCCGCCCUCCAAUCCCGCCCAGAGCCAUCGUCUGGAGAUGGAGCCUCGGUCCCGGAGCCGCCCAGAUCACAGCAGCAGAAGCCUGAAGAGGAAGCUGUGAGUUCCAGUCAAAGUCCCACGGCCACCGAAAUUCCUGGACCACUUGGUUCUGGCCUCAUGCCCCCUCUGCCUUUCUUCAACAAGCAAAAAGCUAUUGACCUUCUGUACUGGCGGGACAUCAAGCAGACUGGGAUUGUGUUCGGGAGCUUCCUGCUGCUGCUCUUCUCCCUGACCCAGUUCAGCGUUGUGAGCGUCGUUGCCUACCUGGCCCUGGCCGCCCUCUCUGCCACCAUCAGCUUCCGCAUCUACAAGUCCGUUCUACAAGCUGUGCAGAAAACAGAUGAGGGUCACCCUUUCAAGGCCUACCUGGAGCUGGAGAUCACCCUGUCCCAGGAGCAGAUCCAGAAGUACACAGACUGCCUGCAGCUGUAUGUGAACAGCACUCUGAAGGAGCUACGGAGGCUUUUCCUGGUCCAGGACCUGGUGGAUUCCUUAAAAUUUGCAGUCCUCAUGUGGCUCCUGACCUACGUUGGCGCGCUCUUCAAUGGCCUGACCCUGCUGCUUAUGGCUGUGGUUUCGAUGUUUACUCUACCUGUUGUGUACGUUAAGCACCAGGCACAAGUUGACCAAUAUCUGGGACUUGUGAGGACUCACAUAAACACCGUCGUGGCAAAGAUCCAGGCUAAAAUCCCCGGCGCCAAGAGGCACGCUGAGUAGAUGGUCACCCCAGGAGAAGCCGGACAUGAGUGGGGGUGUCUGGAGUGGUAACAGCUCUCUCCUUCCUCGUUACUGCAAAUUGAUUGUUUCCCUUUCCUGGUACCAUAAUCUUAGAGGCAAACUUUGAGACAGGUGUUUUGAGGCUCUUCCUGUACUCUUAGGAUAUAUGAGCCGCCCCCUCCCCACCCCCGUGUCAAGCACUAAAGUAUAGAGUGUGUUAGAUGUGGUUUUUGAUUUCGUGUUGCUAAAAAAAAAAAAAGAAAAGAAAAGAAAAAAAGUGCAUGAUGGUGAGAGCCCACGUUCUCCCUCCUCCCUCGAUGUCCUCCCCUCUGCAACGCUUCUGUAGCUUCUACUGUCCCUGUGGCUAGGCCUUUCUUGCCAAGUGCGCUGACACAUAGUGGAUCGCUUAUCAUGUCCUUGGGUUGCUGGAUGGAUUCAUCUCUAAUAACACUAUAUAGAAUUGUAGGCCAAUGUUUUAGCAUUUCCCCACACACAGAGAACAUAAAAAUUAAUAUAAAACAGUUGACCGUACAUAUGGUGAUCCAUUUUGUAUAACUUAGAAUGAUCGAAUUAAAGAAUAAAUCCAAAAUGAACGCACAGUACUUUUCUCCUAUGGGAUGCCUGGGCUGAUUUACAUGUAUGGUAACUAAAGGUGCCAGCAUGUUGACUUUAUUACAAUUUGUAUUACUUCCUCUGUAGUUCCUAAUGGACUCAAUCACAGACUCUGGAUAUUUGCACUUAUGUACUUGAUACUGAAUGCAUCAAUAAAUGUGACUAAAUGUA